AUGGAGACAGAGAAGAAGAAUAGCAAGGAGGUAGGGCUGAAACAUCUAGGGUUCGUGAGAAUUGCGGCGAUCCAUGUUCUGUUUAGCCUCUCUAAUCUCUACGAUUACGCCAAACAAAACUCCGGUCCUCUCAAAUCCGCCGUCGGUAAGGUUGAAGGAGCCGUUACCACCGUCGUCACCCCUGUCUACCACAGAUUCAAAGAUGUUCCAGAUUCUCUCCUCCUCUUUCUAGAUCACAAGGUCGGUGAAGUUUCGGUUAAGUUUGAUAAGCAUGCUCCUCCAAUGGCUAAGAAAGUGGUUACUCAAGCAAGUGUAUUGAUCAAGAAGACAACAGAGAAGGCUCAAUACUUUGUGAAAGAGGCUCGUACCGGUGGCCCUAAAGCUGCCUUUAGCUAUGCGGCAACAGAGUACAAGGGUUUCGUUGUGACCAACUCUGUCAAAGUCUGGGCCAAACUCGACCACUACAAACCAAUCCAUGCAGUGGGGGACAAAGCUAUACCUGUGGUUGCAGACUGGUCCCGUUUCUACAAUGAUUUGGUCACGGACAUGACUCAGAUGGGUUACCCUGUGGUCGGUUAUUUUCCCUUGGUUCCUGUUGAUGACAUUGUGAAGGCUUAUGAAAAAGAAGAUGCAGCCAGGAAGAAAGGAGAUACAACUUCUAUUACUACUGAUGGAAAUAAAUCGUCUUCUGAUUCAGACACGGAUUGA